CAUCCCUGGCGCUGCGCGGGCCCUCGCUGCCUCUGCAUGCUGCCUCGGCCUGCAGCUGCAGCUGCACCUUCCAGGUCCCCGCACCAUGCCGCCGGCCUGCGCUGCGGCGGCGUCUCUGCGGUCAGCCGCCAGCGGGCAGCCGCCAGCUCAGAGCGCAGCGUGUGGGACCCAGUAAGAGUCGUACGGGAGCCGCGUACGGGAGCGCAGCCCCACAGACGCAGCAUCAGCAUCAACGCCGACGGACCGUGGAGGGGAAUGCAGCUGCAGGGUGCUUGCAUCCACCAGCAACGCAGCGUCUUGCACAUCCGGCCAGCACCCCACCGCGGGCAAACGCAUAGAGGCCGGGGUGCUGCGCUGGCAAGCGGGCCGCAGCGUGCAGGAGCGGGUCCCUCGAGUGAGAGGCCGUGCCAGCGGCAUGCUGUGCUCCGCCAAGCAGCAGCGCAGGCGACCACGCUGCAUGAUGCUGGCGCGGUAGCCUGGCCAGCGCCAUGCUCUGCCAGCUCAGCACCCAGCCAGAUGCAGCUGCGCCAGGGCGCAGUCUCAAGUGCUCGGCAAGAAGAGCGGCGCGCUUGCCAGCCGCAGUGGUCGGCGCGCCAGCAUACACCGGUGCAGCCACCGUGCAGACGCGAGAGGCAGGUACCGCAGCGAGCACGAGGGUCUGGCCGCUCGCCGGCACGCGGACCGGCGCAGGGAAGCACAUGCGCAUGCAUCUGGCGCGGCCCCAGACGCGGCCGCAGACUCCGCCGGGCCCAAGGAUUAGCCCGCCUGCCCAGGGCGCCAGAAGCCGAGCGCAGCGCUGCACCACGGCGCACCCUCUCAGCGCAGCCCUCGGAGCGCUCGCGGGUGCAGAUGCAGCACCACUGCCAGGUGCAGAGAGGCGGCUAGCAAGAGCUUGUUGGCGAGCUGUGUGAGCCGCUGAUAUGGGCCUUCACGCCUGCACGCUGCGACGCUGCAGCGCUGCGACUGCCGGCUGCCG